AGAGGCUUCUCGGUUUAGAUUUUGCCGGGGGAUCACCCAUGAGCGAGGGCGAGGAGGAGGAGGGGAGGCAGGUCCAGGAGGUGGUGGCGCACGUGUACGACGUUGCGAGCAGCGGGUCGUCGGAGGGGGGCGGCGGCGGCACCGCCAUCCUCCACGUCAACCGCUUCUUCAAGGACGCCAUCGGCCUCGGCGGCAUCUUCCACACCGCCAUCCAGGUGUAUGGAGAUGAAGAAUGGUCCUUUGGUUACUGUGAAAAUGGCACCGGGGUUUUUAGCUGCCCCCCGUGCAAAAACCCCAUGUACACGUACCGUGAGUCCAUAGUGCUGGGGAAGACGACCUGCUCUAUUUUCACGGUAAACCAAAUACUACGGGAACUGAGCUGGAAAUGGCCUGGAGGCUCAUAUGAACUCCUGUCCAGGAACUGCAAUCACUUCUGCAAUACUUUCUGUGAGAAGCUUGAUGUACCAAAACUUCCAGCUUGGGUCAAUCGCUUCGCAAAUGCUGGGGAUGCUGCUCUAGAGGUAGCUGAAAAUACAGCAGAAAAGCUGAAGCAAGCAAAAAAGGACAUUGCGGGUGCAUGCAAAGCAGCCACCACAUAUUUGACUGGUGCAUCUUCAAGUUCACCAUCAAAUGCAGAUGACUCAGGCGGUUCAACAAAUAGUUCUCUUUUUGAGGGGACAUGGCUCAGAAGUAUCAUCGGCAUCAGUAUGAAACCAUCAAGGAGUCUCAUGUGUUCGGAUAGUUCAGAUAGUUCAGAUGAUGAAAAAUCUGAAGAUGAGAGGGAAUCAGAUUGCCAACAGCCUAGCGGUGAUCAAAUUGAAGAAAAAAAGGAUGCUACACAAGAGCAAGCAGGAAAGUGAGAAUAGACCAUGCCAUCAUCCAUGAAGGUCACACCACAAUGUACCGAAAGAGGAGCAACAUUUCAAGAUUGCAAUUUGCUGAUUAAAAAAAUUUACACAGCGAGCAAGCAAUCUACAACAAGAACCUAAUUUACACAUUGGGUGGCAUCGACUUGUGAUCAAGAACGGGGAGCUGUGACAAAGCCCUGACAAGUGCCGAAGUGAUGGCGCUCAUCACAAUGCGUGCAAUCCUGGACUUUACUUGCCCACGGCGUGGCAGUGGACGAACUCUCAUUUGCUUUUCGCCCUUGUAGACUUUGAUGAGAUGAGCAGAGGCAACCUUGCAAGCUUUCUCGCCCAUGUUGGUGAAGGAGAUAUCAGAAAACUUGUCUGGCACUAUGCUUGAUCUCUGUUCCCGUCGUGUACUUAUAGGCUAGGAGAUGUUGUAUCUGAAUGGAAGACAUGACAGCUAAACUCUUGUUUCAUUGCCGUAUUAGCUGAGGGAGCCAUUGACUAUACCUGAAUGAUGUUGUUUUUUUGUAUAAUCUUGCAGUGUCUGUUGGUAUGAAAUGAGAUGCUUCUGUUGAUCUAUUUGUGUCA